UGUGCAUUAUCCUUUAUAAUAUUUAUGUUUUCUUACUUAUAUGGUGACAGUAAAAUAAAUAUGGAAAUAACUAGUCUAAUAAGAGAAUGUAAAAAGUUGGUUAGUGCUUAUCAAGUUUUUAGUUUACAGAGAACAGUUCUGGUAUUUGGUGUUAACACUAUCACAAGUCAUGGUACAAGUGAAAGUCCGAGAAGGUAUACUGGAGGGCGAGGUGGUCGAGAAUGAGCUCGGAGGUCAUUUCUACAGCUUCAAAGGUAUUCCUUAUGCUGAGCCGCCUCUUGGUGAAUUAAGAUUCAAGCCACCACAGCCGAAGAAGAGCUGGGAUGGAGUUCGCGAGGCAAAGAAAUUUGGCUCCAUCUGCUAUCAAGUGAACAUUCUCGCAAUGAAAUCAACUCCUACCGGCUCCGAAGACUGUUUGUAUUUAAACGUUUAUUCAUCGGAUAUAAAUCCCUCAAAGCCUUUACCAGUCAUGUUUUACAUUCACGGCGGAGGAUUUCUCUCUGGAAGUGGAAAUGAUGAUAUGUGUGGACCCGAAUUUUUAGUGAGACAUGAAGUAGUAUUUGUUACAUUUAAUUACAGAUUAGAAGUUCUUGGCUUCCUAUGUCUAGACACUGAAGAUAUUCCAGGCAAUGCGGGCAUGAAAGACCAAGUAGCAGCGCUCAGAUGGGUUAACGAGAACAUAGCAAACUUUGGUGGUGAUCCAAACAACAUAACAAUUUUUGGCCACAGUGCUGGUGCUUGUGGCGUCAGUUAUCAUUUGAUAUCGCCGAUGACAAAAGGUCUUUUUCAAAAAGCUAUAAUAAUGAGUGGUUCCUUGAAUUCUUCUUGGGGGCAAAUUUUUGAACCUCGAGAAAGAGGUCUCGCUUUGGCAAGAAGAUUAGGAUGUCAUUCUAAAAAUGAUAAAGAACUUUAUGAGUUUUUUAAAAAACAGCCAGUGGAAUCACUUGUUAAUAUUCAGAUACCAAUAUCAUUUAAUGAGAAAGGCAAAGAAUUAUUUGAAUUUAAUUUAGGAAUUGUAAGCGAAAAAUAUUGUGGUGAGAAUGAAAGAUUUAUUUAUGGAGAUGUUAUUGCAAAACUACGUAAUGGCAUACAUGAGGGCAUUGACCUUGUAAUGGGAUAUACAAAAGACGAAGGACUAAUUAAUUUAAGGACUGAUUUGCAGAAAAUACUUGCUUACGCAAACGAAUAUACAGAGUCAUUUGUCCCUACACCGAUAGCUAAUAAUUGUACUAUGGAAGAACAAUUUGAAGUUGGCAGAAAAAUUAAAUAUUAUUACUUUAAUGACGACACGAUCUCGAUGAAAAAUUUAAACGAACUUAUUAAAUUUAUCUCUUUGAGCACAUUUACAUACCCCAUGUUUCAAUUAGCAAGAAGUUGUUCAAGAAACAAUAGAGUUUACUUCUAUAAAUUUACUGGGAAAUCAGAGAGAAAUUUGAUGGCUCAAGUUUGUAAUGUUAAAAAAUUUCUUGGUGAUGAAAUACCAGUUUGUCAUGGCGAUGAAUUAUAUUACAUUUUCCCGAUGAAGAGAACCAAACUUAAAAUUUGUAAUAAAUCAAAAAGUUUUAAGAUUAUAGACAAUGUUACAAAACUUUUGACAAACUUCGCUAAAUUUGGAAAUCCAACGGCGCAUGAUAGUUUUGACUUCGAAUGGAGUCCGUAUAACUCAGUUGAACAAGCUUACUUAGAAAUCAAUGAAAACUUAACGAUGGGAACUGAACCUGACAAAGCAGAGGUGGAUUUCUGGGAAAACAUUUACAGAAAAUAUCUGCCAUCCUCUAUACCUUAUUAAUUUAUAACUUCAAUACUUUUUAUACUUUAGAAUAAUAUUUGUAACUAAUCUAUAAAUUACUGGCGCCAUUAAAUAUGUAUAAUGGUCUCUUAGUUUAUCCCUUAAUGUAUAUGUAAGAUGACAAGAUGG